AUGGCGCAAAGCCAUUCGAGCGUCGUCACGUUAUUAUCAGCGGUAGUAGUACUCGGCCUAUCCUUACCCGCGGUUCUAGGUACACCGAUUAUCGUUACCGCGCACAACGACCAACAACAAACUACAUUACAGAACGUGGAUUCUCAUGGCAGUUCCAGUAAACAUGAGUAUCACGAUGAUCCCUUGAAGGAUUUCAUUUCGGAUGUUGUGCAUGACACUGGGUUGAUGAAUAAUGUGGAUAAGGAAAACAACGACCAGAAGCAUGCCGAUAAGAUCGGUGACGGGAAGACGUCGGUGCCUGUAACGACAUUGCCAUCACCGCCACUGCCGUCGAUUUCGUCGCUGAGAUAUAUGGGGCAUAUUGAUGGGUUAGAUAAUAUUACCAUUGGCCUGAACCGUGCCGAAAGCGCAGGGCUUCCUACUAUUGACAGCGACGGUGAAAUUGAAUCAACUCUACGCCGCCCUUCGUGGUUUGACUCCGUUCUCAUGGCGCGCCGUUUACUAGCCAAAUCGACUGUUGGAAUUGCAUCUACUGUCUAUCAAAAUUCCGACUCAUCUCCUGCAGCCGGUCUGCAAGGUGUAUCAAUCAGUCUACCGGAAUACAUAGCAGACUGCUCCGAAAUCGACAGCAGCGACAACCACAACAACGGCAACCCCAUCCUUCUCGGCUUAUACGUCUCAACAACGUUUCAAAACAUCGCCAAGGGCUCGAAUAUCAGUCUCUCAAUUGAUUGGUGGAGUCAUCUCAAGGACACAAACCCGCUUUAUCCUGGCUUCCCACUUAGUGAAGCCGGAUUACCACGUAUCUCAUUACUUGGCUAUGUUGAAAGACUCAACCUAUCUUCUGCAUCAUCGCCAGCAACUACGAAAGCAGGGUUGGAAGAAUGCUUCUUCGCAACACAUCCCGAUGCCAAGGUAUGGGMACCCGGGAACCCGGAUAGUCCUCAUUCGGGCUUCUGGGCGCGCAUGGUUGUGACUCAGGUUUAUUGGAUUGGCGGAUUUGGCGAUUUGCAACAGAUUGGGUGGAUGAAUGUUACUGAUUGGAAGGGCGUGGGGAGAUAUGAGAGUGAUGAGAGUAUUGGGGAUGGGAGUGGGAGGGGUUGGGAGGAUGUUAGAUUGCCUGGUGAAUAA